UAUAUACCAAGCCAAUGUUCCGACCUGAAACACAACAAGCCAGGCCUUUGCACUGGUUGUGAUCACUUUACAAGUUUUCUCCAGAUUCCUCCUGACAAAAUUUUGGUGCCAUGGAUUGCCUGCAAGAGUGGCCCGAACCGGUUGUUCCGGUCCAGUCCCUGUCGGAGAGCGGCGCCCCUGCCAUCCCCGACCGGUACAUCAAGCCGCCAUCCGAUCGCCCAUCGUUUGAUUCCGCCACUGACGAAAACAUCCUCGGCAUCCCGGUCAUCGACCUCGGAAGGCUGUCGGAGGGGGCGCUCGAGUGCCGCGCCACCAUGGAGGCCAUAUCCGAUGCUUGCCGGGAGUGGGGGUUCUUCCAGGUGGUGAACCAUGGGAUCAGCCAUGAGGUCAUGGAAAAGAUCCAGGAGGUGUGGAGAGGGUUCUUCCACCUCCCCAUGGAGGCCAAGAAGGCCUACGCCAACUCCCCGACGACCUACGAGGGCUACGGCAGCCGGGUCGGUGUGCAGAAGGAUGCCAUUCUGGACUGGGGUGACUACUACUUCCUCCAGUACCUUCCUCCUUCCGUGAAGAACCAUAACAAAUGGCCUGGCCUGCCAACUCCCAUCAGGUAUGUUCUGAGCAAUGCAAUGUACAAGAGCGUGGAGCAUCGGGUUGUGGUGAAUGCGGCGGAGGAGCGGUUGUCCCUUGCCUUCUUCUACAACCCCAAGAGUGACCUGCCACUGGGUCCGGCUCCUCAGCUCGUGACCUCUAACCGCCCUCCGCUCUAUCAAUCCAUGACCUACAACGAGUAUCGCCUAUACAUAAGGAAGAAUGGCCCCAGGGGAAAAACGCAGGUUGAGUCACUGAAGGACAUGUAAUCAUGCCACCAUUCCUCAAUAAUGUGUAUUAAAGUCAUUCUAGAUUGAUGCUUCUCUUCCUAUGUAGACUAGUAAUAGUUGGUGUCCGCUUGUAUCCGUUUGACGUUGUACAUAUAUGCACUCAAGCUUGAUCAAUGUUUGUCAAAAGAAAAGAAAAAUCUUAUAACAAGUAAACAAUGGGCUCUUCUUAAAAAUAAAUAAAUGAAUAAAUAAACAAUGGAAU